AUGGAAUCCCUCCGAAUCUAUUUCCUUACGUACAAUUGUGCCCUCACUCCAAUCGACGUGGAACACUUUUCCAACCACUUCUUCGACGCCCUCCCAGUCACCGACAAUUCCAGCUCCCCGCUCCCCGAUCUCCUGGUGCUCAGCCUUCAAGAAAUCGCUCCUCUGGCUUACGCAUUCCUAGGCGGAUCAUUCCUAGUGCCAUAUUUUGCAUCCUUUACCCAGGCGGUGGAUCGCGCUACGCUCCAGCGGUUCGAUACCCAAUAUGUCAAUGUCGUCACCGAGAACAGCGGUAUGACCGGUCUGAUGGUCUUUGCUCGAUCAGACGUGGUCAACUCCUUAUCACACCCUGAUAUUGCACGGGUAGGCUUUGGUUUCCAGGAUAUAGGUAAUAAAGCAGCCGUUGCGUCGCGACUAUCUUACCAGAGCCACAGAGGCCCACAGGCAGGUGUUGACCUCACUCUUAUUGCUGCACAUCUCGCGCCUAUGGAGGAUGCUGUUGCUCGCAGAAAUUCAGAUUGGCGUAGCAUGGUUGAGAGACUGGUGUUUAGUGGUUCAGGGCGCACUAGCACCCCCAAUAAUGAACAAAAUGAGGACGAGGGGGAGAGUGCAGCUUUGCUACCAGGUUCCUCUGAAUCGGGCAGCAAGUAUCCAGGGAUAUUUACGCCAUCGAAUUACCUAUUUGUCGGAGGCGAUCUGAAUUACCGUACUGCAGACAGGUUCCCUACGAAGGAGGAUUCGUUUAAGUAUCCAAAAGCAGAUGCGGAACCGAGCGACCCAUUCCACUACAGCCAGCUUUUGAAAAACGACCAACUGAAACGUGAAAUGCAGCAGUCUCGCUGCUUUCAAGGAUUAUCUGAAGCCGCCAUUGCGUUCCCGCCAACUUACAAAUAUCACCGUGACGCGCAGCUAGCUGCGCGGGAUCCAGCCCAGGCCGACAAGGCUCCGGAAUGGAAGUGGACGAGCCAUCGGUGGCCCAGCUGGUGUGAUCGGAUACUAUUCCUAGACACCCCACCGGGGCUGGGCGAUGAAUCGAAAGUCAAAGUCCUGAAAUAUGACGCUCUCCCGGUGUCACCUACCUCAGAUCAUCGCCCCGUUGCUCUUGCAGUCUCUAUUCCCGUGUCUGACAGGCGAGCCGUAAAUGAGCCCGAAACAGUAGCACCAUUCUCGAUCGAUCCAGACUGGGAGCACCGGCGAGACGUGGCGCGGAAGAAGGAAUACUUCGUUGGAUGCCUAGCAUACCUAGGAUUGACCCGUGAGGGCAACGCAAUGGUGUUUGCUUCCACCAUCGGAAUUCUCGGCGCAUGGUUUAUCAUACGGUCACUACUCAGUUCAUGA